AUGAAGCGUUUCAGCCAGAGAGUCGUAGGUCGGGACAGGGACUCAAGCAAGUCCUCCAAGAAGAAUAAGGAUUCGAAGGACGGAACGGCUUCGCCGAACUCCAAGGACGCCAACCAGUCGCCAAAUCUGACCCCGUCCAGUUCUACAUCGACUUUGAACAAGCCUCUGCCGCCCAACAGCGCUGUUCAUGAUGAUCAUGGAAAUGCCACCCUGAACGCUCAGGUUGGCGCCGGACAGAACGCCGGUGGCCCGGAUCGUUUUGGUAGCCUGGGAGGUCAGACAGCGGGGGCAAAUGGAGGCAGCACACCCGUUAGACACGGCACUCUCCCGCCUACCGUCAUCAUCAGCCCAAGUGCUCCGCACGUCCCCCCGCCUGGUGCCGCCGAAACCAUGCCCCACGACCUCGCCCCUCCGAAAGCCGGCCAAAAGUCCCUGAUGUUUGACCGACUGCAUCAAACCCCCAAGGAUGUCCUCGAGGGCCCCAAGACGCCGAGACGGCAACAUUCGUCACGAUUUGACAUCUCUGCUCAUCGCGAGCUCGAGAAGCUCCCCCGGCUUUCACGAGUCCCCCCUGGACGCCGCGAGGAUCUGUUCAUGAAGAAGAUUGAUCAAUGCAACGUCAUCUUCGAUUUCAACGAUGCCAGUGCCGACAUGAAGUCCAAGGAGAUCAAGAGGCUGGCGCUUCAUGAGCUUUUGGAUUAUGUGGCCAACAACCGUCAGGUUAUCACAGAACCCAUGUAUCCAGUCGUGGUUGGCAUGUUUGCCAAAAACCUGUUCCGCCCCAUCCCGCCUCCCAUGAACCCUCAGGGCGAGGCCUUCGAUCCCGAAGAGGACGAGCCUGUGUUGGAGGUUGCCUGGCCGCAUAUUCAGGUCGUGUACGAGUUCUUUCUCCGGUUCAUUGAGAGCCAGGAUUUCAACACAAACAUCGCCAAGGCAUACAUUGAUCACAGCUUUGUGCUCCAACUUCUCGAGUUGUUUGAUUCUGAGGACCCUAGGGAGCGCGACUUUUUGAAGACCACCCUCCACCGUAUCUACGGCAAAUUCCUCAACCUCCGAUCCUUUAUUCGCCGCUCGAUCAACAAUGUGUUUUUCCAAUUCACCUACGAGACGGAGCGCUUUAACGGCAUCGCGGAGUUGUUGGAAAUUCUCGGUUCCAUCAUCAACGGCUUUGCUCUGCCCCUGAAGGAGGAGCACAAGCUGUUCCUUACCAGGGUGCUGAUUCCCCUCCACAAAGUCAAGAGCCUGAGCAUGUACCACCCUCAACUUGCGUACUGCAUUGUUCAGUUCCUCGAGAAGGAUGCUUCCCUGACAGAAGAGGUGGUUCUCGGUUUGUUGCGUUACUGGCCCAAAGUCAACAGUACCAAAGAGGUUAUGUUCCUCAAUGAGGUUGAAGACAUUUUCGAGGUCAUGGACCCAGCCGAGUUCGCCAAGGUUCAGGAGCCUCUCUUCCAUCAGCUCGCCAAAUCGGUUGCCAGCCCCCACUUCCAGGUCGCUGAAAGGGCUCUUUACUUCUGGAACAACGAGUACUUCUGCAACUUGGUCAGCGACAAUGUAUGUAACUUGUCUUCCGACCCAGCCGCGUGCAUGGGAUUAACUUUUGGCAGGACGAUCCAUGGCAUGGUGUACAAUGCUAUGAAGCUGUUUAUGGAGAUCAACCCCCAGCUGUUUGACGACUGCUCGCAUGAAUACACAGAGCAGCAGAACAGCGCAUCCGCGAGGGAAGCUCUUCGCGAGAGAAAGUGGGCUGCCAUCGCAGAGCAAGCCAACCGGCGGAAAUCUCUCAAUGGAACGAGCUCGGCUGCUGGGGGCCCACCAACCCGGACCGCCGUAACCCAAAUGCCCGCUUUGAACGAAGUGGACGCAACCGAGGACAACCAGAUGAGGCUGGAUUCACUCAACCUCCAGGACGGUGACCGGAGAGACCGUCGGCCCACGCACGAGAGACAGAACUCGGCGGGCUCUGGCAGGGGGCAGCGGUGA